AACGCAGGAGGAAAAGAAACUACUCACUUUGAUAGACAAAGAUAUUCUGAAUAAUCUUCGUCGACAAGUUUAGAAAGUUUUAGAAAGAUGGAUAAAUAUGCUGAUAUUUAGUAUCUCAGCCUUUAUCGCGGUAGCUCUCAUCGUAGCCAACGGUUUAGAAAGGCAUCAGAUAGAGAAAUAUAACCAAUAUUACAACGAUUCGCUACCAAAACCAACGUUAUUUCCGUUAUAUUAUGGCAACAUCGACACCGAAGAGUAUGGUACGAUGCUAGUUAUUCUGAAUUUGUUGUGUGCGGUCACAAUCAUAUUCAUCUCAACGUCCGCACAGUGUCUUUACCUAACUUGUAUCAUAUUCGCCACAUCUAUGUUAAAGGCAUUACAAAUAAGAUUUGCAAAGAUGUUGGACGAAGAUGGAAACAUACUUGAAACGAUUAAAAAUUUGAUAAAUGAACAUCAAAAAGUGAUUAUGUUUGUUCAGGAACUAAAUGACACGGUGAAAUACUUGAUGAUGAUGGACUAUCUUUUAAAUGCUGUAAAUAUCGCAGGGGUGGUAAUUAUUCUUCUGGAGGCCAGCGAUGGAAUCGAAGUUGCCUCAACACUUUUUUACGCCGGUCGGUUGAUCACUAUUGUUUUUGCACUAGGUUGGACCUCCAACGAAAUUCAAAUACAGAGUCAAGCGCUGGCCGAUGCCAUCUGCGAAACUCCUUGGUGGGAACAGCGUAGAGAUACGCAAAAAUUAUUGCAUAUGAUGAUAGUGCGUGCCCAGUGCCCCCUAGCUAUAACUAUUGGUCCAUUUGAUGAAAUGACGAUACGGUCAUCUCUGACGAUAAUGAAGGCAGCUUAUUCAUAUGGCACGAUAAUGUCGCAAAAAUAUCGCUAGUCCCGAAAGUUAAAUUCGGGUUCUUGAUAGUGAAGAAUUUCAAUACAACCAAACAAAUUUGCAUUUUGGGUGUACAGUUGUAACAUCCGGAUACUAAUUCAAAUUUAAAUAAAAUAAAUCUUGUAUAGAUGCUUAUUUUGUUUGAAAAUGGUGUCAGUUCUAAUUAGUUACCAAUUUUGUAUACUGUAAAGUGAGGUACGUAAACUCCGUUCGCUCUGUAUCAGAUUAAAACCCGAAGCAGUGAAACCAGUGCUUACCAAUAUAAUG